GUCCUCUCAGCUGUCGUUGGUGCAGCAUCGCAGCACCGUGCGAAAGGGCGCACAAGUGUAGUCAGUCAGGGACCCAGCUGAAAUGUCGGAAAGUGGGAGUCAGGAAGCCGCCGGGGCCCCGAACGGCAGCGGCAGCCCAACGAAACGGGCACCUCGACCGGACGUCGGCAACAAAGUGACCGUGGUGCUCGGCGCUCAAUGGGGCGACGAGGGAAAAGGAAAAGUUGUGGAUCUGCUGGCACAAGACGCGGAUAUGGUGUGCAGAUGUCAGGGCGGCAACAACGCAGGACACACGGUGGUGGUCGACUCGGUGGAGUACGACUUUCACCUCCUCCCCAGCGGCAUCAUCAACCCCAAGGUCACUGCCUUCAUUGGCAAUGGUGUCGUGAUCCACCUUCCCGGCCUGUUUGAAGAGGCAGAAAAGAAUGAGCGCAAAGGAAAAAGUCUAAAGGGCUGGGAGAAGAGGUUGAUCAUCUCAGACAGAGCACAUAUUGUGUUUGACUUCCACCAAGCGGUUGAUGGCGUUCAGGAACAGCAGAGGCAAGAGCAAGCAGGCAAGAAUCUCGGGACAACGAAGAAGGGGAUUGGUCCGGUGUACUCGGCCAAGGCUGCGCGUAGCGGUCUCAGGAUAUGUGACCUGCUGGCUGACUUCACUCAGUUCUCUGAAAGGUAUAAAGUCUUGGCCCAGCAGUACAAAGCUAUGUACCCCACUCUGGAGAUUGACAUAGAGGGAGAGCUGAUCAAAUUAAAGGACUAUGUGGAGCGGAUCAAGCCCAUGGUGAGAGACGGUGUGCACUACAUGUACGAGGCUCUUCAUGGUCCUCCUAACAAGAUCCUGGUGGAGGGAGCCAACGCAGCGCUGCUGGACAUAGACUUUGGGACGUACCCGUUUGUGACAUCGUCCAACUGCACGGUGGGCGGGGUGUGCACGGGUCUUGGCAUGCCGCCUCAGAAUGUCGGCAAAGUUUACGGCGUCGUCAAGGCGUACACCACCAGAGUGGGCAUUGGAGCGUUCCCCUCAGAGCAGAGCAAUGAUAUCGGGGAGCUGCUGCAGACUCGGGGGAAGGAGGUGGGCGUGACCACAGGCAGGAAGAGACGAUGUGGUUGGCUGGACCUGGUGCUCAUCAAAUAUGCACACAUGAUCAACGGCUUCACCGCUUUAGCGCUCACCAAACUUGACAUACUUGACGUGUUCCCAGAGAUCAGAGUGGGCGUAGGCUACAAAGUCGACAACCAAACUAUACCUCACUUCCCAGCCAAUCAGGAGGUACUGCAGCGUGUUGAGGUCCAGUAUGAGACGCUGCCCGGCUGGAAAAGCGACACCUCGGCUGCUAGAAGCUUCGCGGAGCUGCCUGAGAACGCGCAGAAAUAUGUCCGCUUCAUUGAGGAGCACGUGGGAGUGCCUGUCAAAUGGAUCGGAGUGGGCAAGUCUCGGGAGUCCAUGAUCCAGCUGUUCUAGACGGAAGGGAGGAGAGACACAGGCAAAGAAGAUGCACAGCAGCGAAAUCAACGGCACCCUUCUCCCCCUCAGCCCCACACACAGCCUACCUACCUGUCUCAGCUCUCCGACAGAGACGCGACCAUCAUGUCUGUUCUUAACGCUUUACACCAGUGUGUCAUCAGACUGUCCCAUGUUACAGACCAGACCGUUCUGGAUCGGACUCCCAUCAGACUGACCUCCCCGUGCGAGUGGUUCCCAACGUCUCCAUCUGGAUUUUUAACAGUUUUAAACUUUAGCAUAACAGCUCCGCAGUCAAGUCCCUCUUUAGUUUGUCCCUGUUUGUAUCGUAGCCGUUUAUUUCAGACAUACAACUCACCAAUCGGCAACACCAGCUGCCCUCAGGUCUGAGAGAGGACAUGAGGGAAUGGACUCGACACACGCAGACGCAGACAGGGGAUCACUGCCCGGAGGAACUGUCCACAGACGUUUGGUCGGUCAAACUUUGUUCAAGUGUAUUUUUGUUAAUCUAUGCUGUGUUUUAAAUGCGCUGUGCCAGUCCGGUGUAAACCAGUUAAUAAGUUAAAAUAAGUUUUAACCUCUGCACUUAAGAUGCUUUGGACUAUUAUCUGCUUUAUGUUUUAUUCUGCCAAGUCAACAACACAUCCUGACUUGAUAAAGGGAUCCUUUAAUAUUUUAAAAAGUGUCUUUUUGUGUUUGUUUUUUCGUCAUCAGACAAAUGUGAGAGACUUCUUAUAUUGCCAAAAAAUUAGCUUUGAAAUUUCUUGUAGCUAUAGCGAUCGCUUCCACGGAGCGCUGUUGAUGAAAUGUUGACGUACAUCUUCCCGUACUGCGAAAAGGAAAGGCUCCUUUUCCUCACUUUAACUUUAGCGGGUGAGUUUUUCAUGAACCAGAAAAAUAACUAUCACUUUUUCAAAUGAAAAUCAAAUCAUCAGGCCAGCAUCUGUGAUUGUUUAUCUUAUAAUUACCAUUGAUUACUUAGCACCUUUCAGUACAGUGUUCUGUAGUGCAGAGGAAGGCAAAGGUUACAGCAUUUACACAGAAAGAAGAAAAGUGAAAACAUGGUUUGAUAAAUACUGAAUAUCUUUCAAAUCUUUCAACUUUUUUUUUUUUUGUCUAGUAUUAUGCCAUUGUUAUAACACACUGUUACUGUUCUUGUAGUCUUGUAGUCCCAUAAUUUAAAUAGACUAAAUUUGGGGUAACUUGUGUAGUUCUUUUCACCAAGUGAGAGAAGUUCUACGCUGCCAGAAAUGAUGAUAUCUCAUAACAGAAGCAACAGAAGCCGAGAUAGUUUUACACUCGGUCGUGGGUUCAAUCCCCUUAAAUGCUGGAUCCUACAUUUCCCAUAAUGCAACUCAGUAGCAUUUUUCAUUAUGCCACGUUCACACCAUGUGGGAUGGAUAGUAGAGUGAAAUCGAGAUUGUUGUGUGGUGGCAGAAUUCAUCUUGUGAGAGUUGAAACAGUAAUACAGUGCAUUGACAAUAUAACACUCCACUCCAUUAAAUUUGGGUCUAAUGACAUUAACAUUGGACUUCACCUGACGUGAGUUGUCCAUGUUUGGUUUUAGGCACGUCCGUGUUAAAAAGUUGGAGUCAUAGCUAUCAGAAGAGUCCAAGUUUCCCAGUAGUAAUUAUCGCUUGGCUGUUGCCAUGAAUGUUGUUUACAAGGCGUAAACUAGUGAUUACUCUGACUUUUAAAUGACAUGAAUGUGGCAUUGGACCCGCCACAGAAGAAAUACAACUGUUAUCAACUCUCAGUGAAGCUGAACAAAAUUUUGGGGCCAUAAAUAUCUCACAAACACACGUUAGUUUUACCAAUUUGUCACAAAAGUAAUGUUUCCGGUUUUGACUUGAAUUCAGCAGCAGAUUCUUCAUAUUCUGUAUUUUCUCAUUAGUGCAGCCAGGUGUGCUCUGAGUGUGAUUUUGUUUUGGAAGUUUAAGUUACAUAUUUUUAUUGCACAAUACAUCAAUUAAGUUUAAACCUGGUGACAUGAAAGGGGCGCGAUACCAGAACUUCUUCAUAGUCAAUUUUGCUGGGGGGCAUUUAGUCGAAUGAUGAAUAUGUAAUUUUGAAUAAAUAAACACUCUUGUUUGUCAAAGUCAAUUAUAGAACAUUUUAUGUAAUGCAUCUCUUCCCUGAUGACCUAAACACGGCACUCACGUACAGUCUGAAGCACUUCUCUCAGGACAUUUUUUUUACAAAAUGUAUUAACUCAACAAAAGCCCAGGUAUAGUCUCAACAACUUAAAAUAACUCAGCAACUUUACUUAAAUUUGUGCACUUGCGUUUUGCAUUUGUUAGAAGCGAAGCUGCUGCCAUUGAUAAACAAAGUAAAUCAUUCAGAUACUGAUUCAUUCACAUGCUGUUGCUCCUGUCUGCCGCCUAGUGGUGGGUAAGAGGGAUGAAAACAGUGAACCAGGAUCAUUCACUCAUCUCUCUCUGCUUUUCUGAACAGUAUCCGUUUUGUAUCGGUGACCCUGUAUCUCCUGUUUCCUAACACUGUAUUUUCUUUUCCUCCUGCUGUGUUAAUUGCACAUUUAUCCCUUUACUUGCUCACACUGCCAACUUUCACUGAAGCCCCUUUCACAGACUCCUACCUUGGCAUCUGAUUAAGACUUAAUGAAUGUUUUAGGCUACAUACGCACAAAAAACACUCAAGGCAUAUCGUGCUAUCUCUUUAGUUUUUUUUUAACCCUCAUUUUAUUUCCAGUUAAGUAAUUUUCAGGUUGGAACAAUCAUCACAUUUACCCUGACAUGAUAUUUUGGUGUCUUUGGAAACUUUGGGAUCUCCACUAGAAUUUAAAAUAAAGUUCUGUGGGUUUGAACAACGUUUGGCUGCAGAGCAUGAGUUUGUAAUAUUGGUGUUUUGAGAUGCGUAAAAAAACAAACACAGCUCCAACAGAACAGACACACACGCACACACACCCAUCAAUGCAAGAAAUGAAAAAAAUAAAAGGUUCCAGCAACAUGCACACUCCACACUUUACCUCCAUACAUUCAAGAGAGCUGGAAUAACAACAAAAGUUCACCAGAAUGUGCCGGAAAGGAGGUGAACAUUUGAAAAAUCUGCACUUGUGUUUAUAAGAUUUUGGCAAAAUAAACAGGUUGUCAAACAGAAA